AUGGCACACACACUCGCUCUCGUCUUGGGUAUCGUCUCUGCCGUACGAGCCUUUAAUCAUCCCCGACGCGUCGUCUCCUUGCCCUCGAGAACCCCGAGCUAUGAGGUCCUCCCAACUGCCAGUUUCUCCGCGAGCCUGUCGCGUGCAGUGACAAACAGUUCGCGCGCCUUGGAGGCUCUUCGCGCGUCCAGCUUGGACAGUUACAACUUGACAAGCGUUCUGACUAGUGCAGACGGAGGUUUCCGGUAUUAUGCGGACAUCGAUGUUGGUGGGCAGGAUUUCAAGGUGCUCGUGGACACUGGCAGCUCUGACACAUGGCUUAUUCAGAAGGGCUUCAGUUGCUUCGACAUUGACUUCAAUCCAGAAACUGAAGAUGAAUGUGGUUUCGGUACUGCGGGAUUUGACCCCUCGCAGUCGCCGACGUUUGUUCCUCUUGUUGGCAAAAACCUCAACAUCACUUACGGAGACGGCACGUUCGCAGUCGGCCCCGUCGGCACCGAUACGAUGACCGUCGGCGGAUUGACAGUCACAGCGCAGGAGUUUGGAGUGCCGAAUAUGACUGCAUGGGAGGGGGAAGGCAUCGAGGGGGGUCUGCUGGGCCUCGCGUACCCCGCGCUCACGACAGUACAUAACGAGAGUGAUCCGACCCUAGACUCUCCCACGAACCUAGCUCUAUACAAUCCCUUCCUCUUCAGUGCUAUCAACCAGGGAGUGCUAUCGACACCAGUGUUCUCUGUGUCUCUCGAUCGGGGUACGAUCGCGGACGAAGAAAGCGGCGAUGAAAAACCCAAUAAGGGAGUCCUCGCAUUCGGCGGAAUUGCUCCUGUAUCGGUCACCAACACGACCGCCUCCGCCCCCGUGUUGCUUUUCAGUGGAUUCGUUCCAAACGCUAAGGCGGACGUCUUCUACGGCGUGACCGUGGAUUCCUACGUGUUCCCGGGUUCGACUGCGCUGUCGACGCGGAGUUUUGCCGUCUUGGACACAGGGACGGCGCUCUCGUUCAUACCCACUCCCAUCGUGCAGGCGGUGGUGGAGAAGUUUGUACCUAGCGCGACCGUGCAGGAUGACGUGUUCUUCGUCGACUGCAAUGCUACCGCCCCGGCCUUUGCGGUCACGAUCGCCGGCAUCGAGUUCGCGGUUGAUCCCAAGGAUUUGAUCUUGCCUGGCGGCAUCGACGACGAUGGAAACGAUAUCUGUAUCAGUGGCGUGCAGGAUGGCGGACCGGACAAUGGCGGGGACAUCUUCAUCCUGGGCGACACGUUCCUUCACAAUGUGGUCGCAUCGUUCGACGUCGGGGCAAAUGUCGUUCAUGUUUCUCAGCGCACGCCAUACUAG